GCGACAGCCGCCGCGGCGCGGGUCCCAGCGCCCUGCCUGCGCCGCCGCCCGGCCCGAGCAUGGAGACGGCGGAGAAGGAGUGCGGGGCCCUGGGCGGGCUCUUCCAGGCCAUCGUCAACGACAUGAAGAGCUCCUACCCCAUCUGGGAGGACUUCAACUCCAAGGCCACGAAGCUGCAUUCCCAGCUGAGGACCACCGUGCUGGCUGCUGUGGCCUUCCUGGACGCCUUCCAGAAAGUGGCCGACAUGGCCACCAACACCCGAGGGGCCACGCGGGACAUCGGCUCGGCGCUCACGCGCAUGUGCAUGCGGCACCGCAGCAUCGAGACCAAGCUGCGGCAGUUCACCAACGCGCUGCUGGAGAGCCUCAUCAACCCGCUGCAGGAGCGCAUUGAGGACUGGAAGAAGUCGGCCAACCAGCUGGACAAGGAUCACGCAAAAGAGUACAAACGAGCGCGGCACGAGAUCAAGAAGAAGUCUUCGGACACGCUGAAGCUGCAGAAGAAAGCACGCAAAGAGCUGCUUGGGAAAGGAGACCUGCAGCCUCAGCUGGACAGCGCCCUGCAGGACGUGAACGACAUGUACCUGCUGCUGGAGGAGACGGAGAAGCAGGCGGUGCGCCGGGCCCUGAUUGAGGAGCGUGGCCGCUUCUGCACCUUCAUCACGUUCCUGCAGCCCGUGGUGAACGGCGAGCUGACCAUGCUGGGGGAGAUCACCCACCUGCAGGGCAUCAUCGACGACCUGGCGGUGCUGACCGCGGAGCCGCACAAGCUGCCCCCCGCCAGCGAGCAGGUGAUCACAGACCUGAAGGGCUCAGACUACAGCUGGUCGUACCAGACCCCACCCUCAUCACCUAGCAGCUCCAGCUCCCGGAAGUCCAGCAUGUGCAGUGCCCCCAGCAGCGGGAGCAGCGCCAAGGGUGGCGGAGCCCCCUGGCCCGGGGGCGCCCAAACGUGCUCACCCGGCCCCGCCUGUCGCUACCGCAGCCUGGCGCAGCCCGCCCCUGCCGCCCGCCUCUCCAGCGUCUCUUCCCACGACUCCGGCUUCGUCUCCCAGGAAGCCACCUACUCCAAGCCCCCUUCGCCCAUGCCUUCAGACAUCACCAGCCAGGCCCGGACCCUCAGAGGCAGGCCUAAACCCUCAGGCUCUGUGAAAGGGACCAGAGGGGCAGAAGACGGGGAGGUCAGGCCACUCGCCCAGAAGUCCUCCAGCUCCGCGUCCUCUGAGGCCUCGGAGACCUGCCAGUCUGUUAGCGAGUGCAGCUCCCCGACCUCGGACUGGGCCAAGGCUGGCCCCCACGAGCAGCCCGCAGGCACCGCGCUGCAGCGGAGGAAGGACCGCGUGGAGCUCCUGCGAGACCCGGAGCCGGGCCCAGCCGGUGGGGGUGCCCCGGGCCCCAGUGGAGAGGAGGCCCCACGGCCCCGCAUGUCCCCCGCCACCAUCGCAGCCAAGCACGGGGAGGAGGUGUCCCCUGCUGCCAGCGACCUGGCCAUGGUGCUGACCCGCGGCCUGAGCCUGGAGCACCAGAAGAGCAGCCGGGACUCCCUGCAGUACUCGAGCGGCUACAGCACGCAGACCACCACACCCUCGUGCUCCGAGGACACCAUCCCCUCCCAAGGCUCUGACUACGACUGCUACUCCGUGAACGGGGACGCAGACGGCGAGGGGCCCCCCGAAUUCGACAAGUCGUCCACCAUCCCUCGCAACAGCAACAUCGCCCAGAACUACCGCCGCCUGAUCCAGACCAAGCGUCCGGCCUCCACCGCGGGGCUGCCCACCGCCUCGGGGGCGCCCCCCGGCGUGGCCACCAUCCGCCGCACCCCGUCCACCAAGCCCACCGUGCGCCGCACCCUCUCCAGCGCCGGGCCCAUCCCCAUCCGGCCCCCCAUCGUGCCGGUGAAGACGCCCACGGUGCCCGACUCCCCCGGCUACGUGGGGCCCACGCGGGCGGGCAGCGAGGAGUGCGUCUUCUACGCCGACGAGGCCGCCGCGGCCCUGGCGCCGGACCUGGCCAAGGCCUCACCGAAGAGGCUUAGCCUGCCCAACACGGCCUGGGGUAGCCCGUCCCCAGAGGCCGCCGGCUACGCGGGGCUGGCGGCCCAGGACGACGAGGAGCAGCAGCAGCAGCUGGCCGCCAACCGGCACAGCCUGGUGGAGAAGCUCGGGGAGCUGGUGGCGGGCGCCCACGCGCUGGCCGAGGGCCAGUUCCCGUUCCCCUCCGCCCUGUCGGCCGCCCCCACGGAGCAGACGCCCGCCCCACCCCCCGCCGCCCCCAGCGAGCCUCCGGCCGAAGACAUGCUGGUGGCCAUCCGGCGCGGGGUGCGGCUCCGCAGGACCGUCACCAACGACAGGUCGGCGCCCCGCAUCUUGUGAUGGCGCCCCCCUCCCUCCCGCCCCCCAGCCUGGCGAGGUAGGGGGCCUGGCCGGUGGGCCGCGGCGGCUCAGAGCCGAGGCACAGUCAGGAGUGAGCAGAGCCAGGCGAGCUUUUUUUCUUUUUUUUGGUCACAUGAGUCAAAGCCACUUUAUUGGGAGGAGAAACCCAACUUGGAUUUCAUGGUUUAAACAGGAAGUGACUUCUUAGACCACGCCAGGAUGGAGCCUGUGGGCCUUGAACUGGAUUUGGAGCCUGUUUCAACCUUUUCUUGCCUACUCUGCCCCUUCUCUCCCUCCUGCCAGGCCCUGCCCUUUCCACACAAGGGCGAGCCACAGAGCCGUGCCCCGUGGCCCCAGCAGAGGGGCCCACCCACCUGGCGGGGCCCACAGUGCACAGCUCAGGCAGCCUGGCCCAGCGCCUCCCUGUCUCCAUGGGGACUGUGGCCCCCCGCCCCUGGCCAGGGCCCCCCCAUGUCCCUCUGCGUCUCUGCCUCUCCCAGGCUCUCCUCCGUCAGGAAGGCGGGCAGGGGGGUCCGUGGAGGGGCCAGGGCUACAGGGUCUGGGUUAACCAGAGGCUCCACAGGGCGGUUGACCGUUUGGGGGGCCAGUGAAGUUAGGAGCUAGCCCACCCACUGGGGACAGGGGCCUGGGGCCCAAGUUGAGUCUCUUAGGGAGGACAUGCACGGUGCCUGCCCGGAGGAGGGUGGGGACCCUGAGACAGAUUGCUUGCUAGGGCGGGGGCGGGGCACCAGGGAAGGCUGUGGAGGCCAGGCUGUUGGCCUGCCGGCCUCCCAGGAGCUGCUCAGAUCCCAUUGUCAUCCGGGCACGUGGGGACUGUAACUCUGGUGACAGUCUCAGCCACCUUUGGGUCAGGGACUGAAAACUGGAGAGGGUUGGGGGGUGGGUUCUUCUAUGAAUAUAUAAUAAAGUGAGCUGACCGGACGAGGACUUCAUGUGGGGACAGGGUAGACGGUACAGGGUGUGUCCAAGAGUGCCUGAGGGACAGAGGGCCCUGUGGUGUCCUGAUGGCCCCUGGGAGGAGGAGGAGGGCUGGCACCGGGGCGCGGGGGCAGUGUUCUCUGCAGCGUCCAGAGCAAAGCCACAAUGCGCUGGGAAGGGGCCGGGGGCUGGGCCUCCUGCCCAUCUGCUGCAGGCCAAGGGGGGAGGGCUGCUGCGGGAGAUCGGCUCUGACUCUGUUGUCAGAGGAGAUGCCAUCCCAGGGUGGUCCCGGGUGGCAGGACUGAGGUGGGGGGGAGUGCACCCCUCCACCCACACAGCACGUUGCGCCAACUCUAAGCAGGUAGAAGCACGUGUGCCAAGGGCAAGCGGAGGGCUUCCUGUGACCCACAGGCCCGCCGAGAGCAGCCAUGCUGGCAGGGUCACGGGAUGGGGCUCCUGGGGUCAGGAGAGCUGGCUCUUCCUGGUCUGGAUGGACCCAGGGCUCCUGGUAGUUCUUGUGCUGGAAACGGGUCUAGGCACGGCUGCCAGGAGGGUGUGGGGAACCAGGGAUUCCUCUGAGGGGCUCCCCAGAGGUGGGUGAAGGACGGUACCUGUAAGUUGCUAGGUCAGAGAAAGGAGCCUCGCUGAGCUGAGCUCACCACACCUGGAGGAGGGCCGGGGGAGCAGACGGCCUGCACUUGGAGGCUUGGGCGCAGAGUGUACACUGCCCCCAACCCCCGCCAGGGCUUGCCCAGGUGGGCUGGUUUUAAGACGCAGAUUAUCUGAUGUGAGCAGGGUAAGGGGCAGUGGGGGGGAGCGGGGUACCCGGGUCCCCGUGAGAAAGAGCUUGCCCCUGAGGAGGGGUGUGGUCUCGGGGACCUGGGGGGAGGGGGUGGGCAUGGCACAGGCGCCCCUCACCUAGACUGUGGGGGCCCCCCCUCCAGACCACCCCCAGGGCUGUACAUAGCUCCUCCACCCCCUUGACCGCCUCAUCCCUCUAGUGACUGCCAAGUAGGCCCACCCCUUCAGGAUCCGAGCCAACCAUCCCAUGUCACAAACUUUGGUUUGGGGAACUUCUUGACGUUUGUUUCAUUUUUUUCUUUUUGUACAGAGAAAUAUUCUAUUCAAAGCGUCUUUUGACUGAAGUAACUUUUCUGGUGCUGUUGUUAACUUGUCCCUUUCUUUAAUUUAUUGCCCCUCCCUAGACCUCCCCUUCUGGGUCCCACUCACUUUGUCUCCCCUCUACCACCCACUCCCAGCCCCCAUCCCACCUAAACCACUUCGUUUCUCUUCUUUCUGUCUGUUUUUGGGUAAAUCAUCCUUUCCUCCCCCCCCACCCACCUCCCCGCAGCCCACCCUUCCCUUGAUUUAAAUAGUCACUGCUACAAGUAACAAAUGCACUGUGAAGAUCCCAGUAUUAAUAAAGUUGUACUGUA